AUGCCCCAACUCAAUUCCGUCCUCCUAGUAGGCGGAUCCGGCUUUCUAGGCCUCCACUUAAUCCAGCAGUUCCACGUGCACUCGCCCCACACCAAGAUCACCGUGUUUGACAUUCGACCACUCCCAAGCAAGCUCUCAAAAUUUUUCACGUUUGACCCGCGCGAGAUUGCGUUUUUCCAAGGCGACUUGACUUUGGCGCAGGAUGUGUCGAAGGCGAUCCGCCAAUCGCAAUGCGACGCCAUUGUGCACUCGGCGUCGCCCAUGCACGGCAUGGCGCAGGCGAUAUAUGAAAAAGUCAAUGUUGAAGGCACGUUCAACUUGUUGAAAGUUGCCAAAGAAGAGGGGAUUGGGGCGUUCGUGUACACUAGCUCUGCUGGGGUGAUAUUCAACGGGCAGGACGUUGUAAAUGCCGAUGAAAGCUGGCCGUAUCCCGAGGUGCACAUGGACGGGUACAAUGAAACGAAAGCCACCGCGGAAACGGCGGUGAUGAAAGCAAAUGACCCCGCGGGACUGGGUUUUAGAACGGUGUGUUUGAGGCCCGCGGGGAUCUUUGGGCCCGGGGAUCGACAGUUGGUCCCUGGGUUGAAAGCCAGUGCUGAGUUGGGCCAGUCCAAGUACCAGUUGGGGGACAACAAGAAUUUGUUUGACUGGACCUAUGUCGGUAACGUGGCUGAUGCUCAUGUGUUGGCGGCGCAGAAGUUGUUGGAUGAGGAAGCUAGAGAUGAAGUUUGCGGCGAGACUUUUUUCAUCACCAACGAUGCGCCUACCUAUUUCUGGACGUUGGCUAGAACGGUGUGGAAGAAUGACGGGUAUAUCGACAAGUACUAUAUCAAGUUGAGUCGACCAGUUGCCAUUUGCUUGGGCUACGUUUCGGAGUUUGUUUCGAAGCUCUUGGGUAAAGAACCGGGCAUCACCCCGUUUAGAGUGAAAGUUGUUUGCGCUACGAGGUACCACAAUAUCAACAAGGCCAAGACCUUGUUGGGGUACGAGCCCAAAGUGGAUUUGGAAACGGGGAUAGUCAACACGUUGGAGUGGAUGAAUGAGAAGUUAUAA